AUGAUCGGUGUGGAACUAGCACAAUUGGUAGAGGCUUUGCCUCUUAGAUUGGAGUAUGUAAAGAUGUGUAUAUUUCUAUCGGUUUUAUUUUUAAACAACGGUAACGGCGGUAGCGGUGGUCGUUGCGACGGUGGUGAUGAUGGCGGCGGCGACGGUUGUGAUGUUGGUGAUGGGGUAGUGGUGGUGGUUAUGGGUGGGGUUGGGGGCGCUGACAGUAGCGGUAGCGGGUCGGUGGCGAUGAUGGUGAUGACAGGCGGUGGUGGUGGCGACGACGACAAUUAUGGUAGUGGUGGUGAUGAUGGCGACAAUGGUGCUGGUGCUGGUGACGAGGUAGUGGUGGUGAUGAUGAUGCUGAAAAUGGUUGCGGUGGGAGGGUGGGGGUGGCGGCGACUGUGUGGUAGCGACAGUGGUCGUGGUGAUGGCGGCAACAACAUUGGUGGUGGUGGUGAUGGUGAUGGUAGGUCGGUGAUUAUUGUAGUGGUGUUGGGCAUCCUAUUCUCCGUUUCAGGAACGUAG